GCCGGCCUGCCGCCAGAGGGGCGGCCGGGAGCGCCCCAGCGGGGCGCCGGCAUGGCGAGCCCCGCGGGCCCGCAGCAGGAGCUGGCGGCGGCGGAGCGACGGCGACUCCGCGGCGCGGCCCCGACGGUGCUCCGCGACGCCGGCCGGGAGGCGGCGGCGGAGCGGCCGGCGCUGCCAGAGCCGCGGCGCUGCGAACGGCCGCCGGCUGCCGGCCCCGGCGAGAGGCGGCAGGAGGAGGUGGAGGAAGAGGAGGAGGAGGAAGAGGAGGAGGAAGCGGCGGUGGGCGAAGAAUGCUGCGGCAAGUGCAAGAAGCGGGUGCAGUUCGCCGACUCGCUGGGGCUGAGCCUCGCCAGCGUCAAGCACUUCAGCGAGGCCGAGGAGCCGCUAGUGCCGCCGGCCGCGCUGUCCCGGCUGCAGAGACCGCCUGGCGAGGAGCGGGAUCCGCCGCCGCCCGGGCAGGAGACCCCCGCUCCGCCCGCCCUGCGCCUGGUGCCCGACUUCCCCGACGGCGGGGAGCCCAGCGCCGAGCGGCUGCGGCGGCAGCGCGUCUGCCUGGAGCGGCUGGGGCGGCCCCCGGCGCCCACCGACGUGCAGGGCACGGUGCAAGUGCUGGGCUGCCCCGGCCCCAAGGAGGUGACGGUCCGCUACACCUUCAACGAGUGGCUGUCCUUCCUGGACGUGCCGGCCGCCCCGCUGCCCCCGGCCCCGCCGCCCGCCGCCGACCCGCCGGCCGAGCGCUACGCCUUCGCCCUGUGCGUCCCGCCGACCCUGCGAGAGGGCUCGGCCCUACACUUCGCCAUCCGCUACCGCAGCCCGCAGGGCGAGUUCUGGGACAACAACGGCGGCCGCAACUACACGCUGCGGUGCCGCGGCUGCCCCUGGGGAGGCCCCGCGCCGCCCCCCGCUGCCCCCCGCUACUAAUGCCGGCCGAGCCGGGGGAGGACCGCGGCCCCGCACCCCGAGGCCCUUCGGGAGGGCGACAGCCGGCGCGCCGAGGCACCCGGCCCGGAGACCACCCGAGAUCUGGGGGUUUUUUUAAAGGGUGCCGCGGCUUUGGCAGCGAAGGGUGGAUGCGCGUCGGCUCGCGUUCCUGCGGCUUGUGGAAUCGUUUUCUAGGUUUUUGUUUUGGUUUUUUUUGGGGUUUUUUUUGAGAGAACAAGGAGACUGAGUGACACGGGCUUUCUUUUCCUCCCUUGAAGUGAAUUUCUGAAGUCUGGAUUUGGGCUUGGCUCCACUUCCCUGAUUAGUCAGAGAUGCACAGAGCACUUGUGUGAAAACUCAGCAGUGUGUUCCCUACAGAUUGAACUUGGGAUCCCAGAUUUGCCAUUCUCACAUCGGUUUCAAAGACCUAGUACUGUGACAGCAGUGGUGUGCUUCGCUUUGUGGUUAUUUCGUUUUGGUUUGUUUUUUUAAUCAUUAUUUUUUUAGUUCCAUGGACUCCGUAACAAUCCAAUUGACUGUUGUGAGCAACCUGUCAAGCUCACGACAGGCUGGCGUGCCUGUCCCACCUUUGCCGUCCCUGUGGCGGCUCUGAGCAACAGGCAGUCUGGUUUGGGGCUGGACUGGGCUGUUCUGGUUUUUGUCAUUCAGCACACUUCCACAUAGCUCCCCGCCUUCCUCAGGCUUGUGUGUAGAUCCUGUCUGGUUAAUGACAGCCAAAAGGGACUUCUACAAAAAUGUUUUUGCUUAAAAUAGACUGCUGACUUCUUUUCACACAAUUGACAAGUCUAAAACUGGGACAAAGGAGGAGUUAAAAUACUUGCUGAUGCUGGGUUAUCAGAAGAACCUUGGUAACGCCUUCGAGUAAUGCACUGAGAAGUCAAAGAUGGUGUCUGUGUCACACACAGUUCUGUAUUUUCAGAUUUGGGGAGCAGUGACCGAUUUGGAUGACCUCACUGAGAAGCAGCAAUGUGAUGUUGAGAGGGCGUCCUCAGCAAUGAAUGAAAACAAGUGCCUUAGUUCAGCUCUCUUUAUGUUACAUUUUGCACCACAUUUCUUGAGCAUUUGUAAUUUAUUCAGCUUCUUUUGCUACAUCUUUUUUCAGUAUUUGUAUGCUGCUGGGAAAGGGGUUUGUUGUGCACACAACUGGACUUCAUAAUGCCGGACACUUGGUUUCUGUUGUCUCCACUCUUGUGUUGCAAACCUAGAGGCUGACUAGUAACGGUGCCCCAAGUCCUGAAAUCAAGCAAAAAGCACCAAUGAUAAAUGGGUUUGUAAGAAUAAAAAAAGCUUUAAAAAAGUUUAAAA